CAAUAAAUAAUAUAAAUAAACAAUGUCAAGUGUUGGAUCAGGGUAUGAUUUAUAUGUAUCAACAUAUUCACCAGAUGGUAAAUUAUUUCAAGUAGAAUAUGCCAAUAAGGCAGUUGAAAACAGUGGUACACUUGUUGCUAUUAAAACUAAAGAUGGUGUUGUAAUAGGUAUUGAAAAAUUAGUUCCAUCAAAGAUGUUAUGCCAUGGUUCAAAUCGUAGAAUUCAUCAUAUUGAUACACAUAUUGGUGUUGGUGUUUCAGGAUUUUUAGCAGAUGCAAGACAAUUAAUUACACGUGCCAGAUCAGAAGCCAAACAAUACAGACAAGUUUAUGGUCAACCAAUUCCAAUUAAAGUUUUAUCACAAAGAAUUGCAUCAUAUAACCACGUUCAUACAUUAUAUGGUAGUGUUAGACCAUUUGGUUGUUCAAUUGCCAUUUCUGGUAUCGAUCAAUAUGGACCACAACUUUAUAUGAUCGAACCAUCAGGUUCAUGUAUUGGUUACUUUGGUUCUUCUUUGGGUAAGGGUAAACAAGCUGCUAAAAAUGAAUUAGAAAAAGUUAAAUUUUCAGAAAUUACAACACGUGAAGCUAUUAAAGAAGUUGCAAGAAUUAUUUACUCUGUUCAUGAUGAAGUUAAAGAUAAAGAUUUUGAAUUAGAAUUAGGUUGGAUUUCAAAUGAAACCAAUGGUGUUCACCAACUUGUUCCAAAAGAUAUAUUCGAUGAAGCUGAAGCUUAUGCUAAACAAGCUUUAGAAGAAGCCAAUAUGUAAAUUUUUCCAAUCAAAAUAAAAUAAAAUAAAAAAACUUCAUAAUAUAAUUACUUGUUUUAUAAAAAAAAUAAAUAAAAAUAAAUAAAUAAAAAUAAAUAAAUAACAUUUAUAUUAUUUUUAUAUUAUUUAAUUU